AUGGCGGCGACUCUCUGUCAGGUGGUGGGCUUCCUGCUCAGCUUGCUAGGGGUGGCGGGAAUCAUCGCCGCCACGGGGAUGGACCAGUGGGCGACGGAGGACCUGUUUGACAACCCCGUGACGGCCGUGUACUCGUACUCGGGCCUGUGGAGGUCGUGUGUCCGGCAGAGCUCCGGCUUCACGGAGUGUCGGCCGUACUUCACCAUCCUCGGGCUGCCAGCGCUGCUUCAAGCCGUCCGCGCCUUGAUGAUCGUCGGUAUUGUUCUCGGCGCCAUCGCCUGCCUGAUCGCCAUAUUUGCCCUGAAGUGCUUGAAAAUGGGGAACAUGGAGGACAACAUCAAAGCCACCAUGACGCUGACGGCCGGCAUCAUGUUCCUUCUCGCGGGUGUCUGCGGCAUCGCCGGCGUGUCCGCCUUCGCUAACUUGAUCGUGCAGAGCUUUCGGUUCACCACGUACGCCGACGGUGGGUUUGGUACGUACGGAGGAGGAGUCGGCGGACUCACGGGAGCUCUGACUCCGAGGUACACUUUCGGCCCCGCCCUUUUCGUGGGCUGGAUCGGUGCAGCUAUCCUGGUCGUUGGCGGCGUCAUGAUGUGUCUGGCCUGCCGUGGAAUGACUCCAGACAGAAAGCAGCGGUAUGAUGGGAUGGCCUACAAAGCUGCCUCUCAGCACACGGUCUACAGGCCCGACACCAGACCCCGUCCAGCCUACAACGACUCCUACAAGGCCCAGAGUGUGGAGGGACGGCAGUCCAACCAGAGAUUUGACUACGUGUAGAAUCAUUUCACGCUCUCUCGUUGUAUUUUCCACGUUUCUGUGAUGAUCUCUGAGUUUCUUACUUGUUUUUUUUAUGGGAAAAGUGAUUUUUUUGUUUCUUUGUACUUUAAACUUUAAUCUGGCAGAAACUUUCUUCGUCUUUUUUAAUAGCAUCAUAUAAUCUUAAUUAUGAAAAGAUGUGAUUUGUUUUCAGUUAUUUUUCUCUUUUUGUGUCAAAUAAUAAACGUGUGAGUCCGGUCCGGUCUAAUUCAGGGAAUAAAGAUGAGUAGAAGCGUGGAGGCAGCUGCACCGGCUGGUUAGCUCGUUCAUAUAUGAGGAGAGAGAAACAGGUUAAAUAUGAUCCACGUAUCUGAUCUGACUCGAAACAUUGUUCAAUAAUAAAGGAAAAAACAAAAUUACAUUCCGCAAAAAUUAACCCAGCGUGACUCAAAUGACAAAACAUGUCACGUCGUUAGCCUAAAUGACCAAAUAGCAUUGGUUAUGUUAGCUGUUAGCGAUGGA